UUCUUUUUAAACAUUUUUAGGUUAAAACCAGAAGAUUGCAGCAUCAUCAGAUUAUCAGCUCCACUGAAGAAACAAUACUCCAUUGAACAUAAUUUAGAUUAUGAUAGGCUGUUGGACUCUUCUCCUUAUAAGGAAGCUCAUCGUCUCCAGAUGAUCCAAUGGGGAGAGAGGAAAAGGGAGAGUGAUCCAGGGUAUUUCUGUCACUUAGCAACAGAGGAACAGGACAAACCGGUUUGGUUGGUUUCGGAUUGUCGGAGACCGAGUGACGUAGAGUAUUUCAAAUCUCAUUACUCAACUGGCCCCGCCCCUUUCCCCGCCUAUUCCUGCUGUGUGUUGGUACGAGUAUCAGCUAGUGAUGAGGUGAGGAGGUCCCGUGGGUGGGGCUGGGUGGGUGGAGUCGAUGAUGGUCCCUCGGAGUGUGCGUUAGAUGAGGUGUCAUGUGACUAUCAUGUGAUUAAUAACGGAAUAGAAGAACAACUGGACGUGAAACUAAAAGAAUUACUGAAUUUUAUACAUAAAUCAUUAAAAUAAUUUAUUAAUUCUUAUUGUUAUUUUAAUAAGCCCCACCCUUGAAUUCCUAGGGGUGGGGCUGUGCAGUGAUGGCUGUUGGUGGAGAUGUCUCUAUUCUAGAUAUCAAUGACUUGGAUAGUAUAUUGACUGAGCUAGACCAGGGACAAUUUUCCGAAGUCAAAUGGGAAGAUUUUGGAUUGAAAGCUGGCCUCUCACAGAACACUCUUGAGAAGAUAAAAACUGAUAGCAGGGGGGAUACUCAUCAGUGUCUUAAGAAAUGUUUGUCUUGCUGGCUGAGGAGAGAGGAUAAUAUUGAUGAUAAAGGAAAGCCAUCAUGGAGGAGAUUAGCUGAGAUAUUAGAAGAACUUGGAGAACGAGCCUUGGCAGAUACAAUCAGAGGUAGAAGAGGUGUGUCUAGUGAAGAGCAGCAAGUAUGCCCUGUUCCUACUUCUGGUCACAGUAUUUCUCUUGCUAAACCUUUAGAGAAGCAGUUUCAGCAAAUGUUGAUUGAGUUUUUAAAUAUACUGACACGUUUUGUUAAUCAAGUUUUCAAACGAAGGCAGAGGCUAAAAGAUGUCAAAACAUGCUUGGCUGGCAUUGGACACAAUCAAAGAAAUAAGAAGGAAAUUGAUGAAGUACAUAAUGAAAGUGGAUUGAUGUAUCUUCUUCGAAGCUAUUGCUCUUUGAGAGAAUUCUCAAUAGUGACUAGUUUAGCAGAGAAUAUGAAGAUGACUGAUAUGUAAAGG